AUGGCGUCGUCCAAUCCAUUCCGCAAGAGUGCUGCCUUUACGGUAGACACUGCUACAUUUCCAAACUCGACAUCCUCCGCCGCUGUUCGUUUCCCAGCUCUCGAAUCAUUCGAAACGGCAUCUACUCCACCACCGCCGACUAGUUUCCAGCAAGCGGAUGCCUCAGCGAUUGACCACAGCUCCAAGGUCACCAAGAAGGUCCGAGUUCUUUCCCCUCCGCCGCUCUCCCCCGACCCUCCCGAAUGGGCAUAUACAUCGCCUUCCCUUGCGCAAUAUGCUGCGGACCAGCGUGGCGAAAACGAUCCUUUCGAUGCGACAUCCACGGAUGACAGCGAUCUCGAGAUGGUGGCGGCUACUGCCCGUAACCAGGCCCUGACUGGCGGUCAGGGUGCGGGAAAUCCUUUCAGCAAGACAAUGCGAGAUCUUGAUUCGCCCGUUGUCGAACAGAAACUCGAGCAAGAGCGCAAAGAAGAAGGACAUGCGCUCAAGGUUGCCAAUAAAGCUAAACAAUCCUUGGAUGUCAACUCUUUCAAGCGGUUGCUCAUGACAGGCAACUCGGAGUCGGACAAGGCUUUGGGACAGUCAGAAAAAGACUCGAAACAUCACCCUUCUGUUUUUCGUAGAAAAUCACACGAAAUUCAAGAGGCAUCCCUUAUAUAUGCUUCCGACAUCCCAGAAGAUGAGGUUGGCCAAGAGAGUAUUUCUGACUCUAACACCCCCAGAAGCUCUUGCGACUUUAUCUCCAUCAGAAAUUAA